AUUAAUACAUCCAUGAACAGACCCCCUCCAGCACUCCUUCAGACACCAGGUUUUGCUCACUAUGCCCUCAAAUGGUCUCCUUUUCACGGUAACAGGCUUGUGCUAGCCUCUUCCGCUAAUUUUGGCUUGGUCGGCAAUGGACGGCUACAUCUGGUUUCGCUGAUACCGGGUCCUGGAGGUUUACCGACCAUCAAACUCGAUAAAUAUUUCGAGACGCAAGAUGGUUUAUACGAUGUUGCUUGGUCCGAGGUUCACGAGAAUCAAGUUGUGACGGCGUCUGGCGAUGGUUCUAUCAGGAUGUGGGAUAUCAUGCUAAACGAUCUAGCAAUUGCAGCUUGGCAUGAACACACCCGUGAAGUCCUCUCCGUUGACUGGUCCAAUGUCAAAAAAGACACCUUCGCUUCCGCUUCUUGGGACGGAAACAUUAAAGUGUGGACGCCAGACCGACCACGAUCCCUGCUAACGUUACAAGCUCACUCGUCUUGUGUAUAUUCAGCCUUAUUCUCCCCACAUCAUCCCGACAUUCUUGCAAGUUGCUCCACCGAUGGGACUGUGAAGAUAUUCGAUUUACGAGCACCGGCGUACGCAUCCAACACCAACUCAUAUACAAAACCUUUAUCUGCGGCCGCUUUGACUGUACCCGCAUCAGGAAGCGAAGUCCUCUCAUUAGACUGGAACAAGUACAAAACCUUUACCAUCGCUUGUGGUGGCGUUGACAAAACGAUUAAGGUCUGGGAUUGUCGAAUGAUCAAGAUGGGAGAGACGGGAUUGGUUGGUGGCGCCUGUGAGACGACUCUCCUUGGGCAUGAAUAUGCUGUGAAAAAAGUCCAAUGGAGUCCUCAUCAUGGUGACUUGCUAGCAAGCGCAAGUUACGAUAUGACAUGUCGGGUAUGGAACACCAUGCCAGUCGCUCCUGUGUCCCAACUAGUGUACAUCCACGACGGGCAUACCGAGUUUGUUGCAGGUUGCGCGUGGUCAUUGUAUGAAGAAGGCUUUCUCGCCAGCUGUGGUUGGGAUGGCCGGCUUGCAUUAUAUAGACCAAUCUAACCACCGCGUUUGUACUAACACUCUUCUAGCGGAUGAUACAGUAGAAUACAUAUGUUUAAAUACAUGUAAGAGCGAAAGCACAUUAAAAGCUUGUAACAAACAGGAGAAUAAGAGCAUAGUGCUACAUAAAACGGUCCAUAUCAAAUUUUAAGGUGUUAGGUUGUCCUUCUCCGUAGAAAUCUUAGCGUCUAUUGGAGGAGUGAGAGUGUUCGAAAUAAUAAUAAUCAAAAUCGAAAACCAAGGCAUUCUUUCAUCGACUGCGAUAAUUAUUCACGUCAUCCAAUA